AUCAAGACCCUCCGUGGGUAUAGUUUUCACACUUGCGAAUAAGGUUUUUCCUUUCUGGAGUUGAGCCCUUUCCCUCUACACGCCGUCGCCUCCGAUCACAUUUAUCACCGGUCGCAGUGCACUGGAGUCGAAAAUUUCUGAUUUCUGCACAAAAAUGAAUUUCUUAAACUCAGCAGCAUCCUUAUGCAGAAGAGUUAGUUUGAGGGAACUUAUCACCGAGGUUCCUGCUUACGGUGGCAGUGGCAUCUCCGAUUGUUCUUCAAGUGGGUUGAGUUUGGUGUUAAAGCGUUGGGCUACUAAGAAAACCGCCGGUUCCACCAAGAACGGACGUGACUCUAAGCCCAAGAAUCUCGGCGUCAAGAAGUUCGGAGGAGAGAAUGUGAUACCGGGAAACAUAAUAGUCCGUCAACGUGGAACUCGUUUCCAUCCGGGAGACUAUGUCGGGAUUGGGAAGGACCAUACUCUGUUUGCAUUGAAGGAAGGACGAGUCAGGUUCGAGAAAAACAAGAUCACUGGACGCAAAUGGAUUCAUGUUGAUCCUAAGGGAGGUCAUGUUCUUCACCCUAUCUACACUAAAGCGGCAAUGGCCAAGUCCACUACGGUGGAGACAGCUUCGUCGUCCUGAAAAGAGAUUGGUUCAACAAUCUAAAGGUGUCUUUUGUCAGAUAACAUCUUCUGUUGACUAGAAGAUUGUGAUACUUGUACCUUAGAAGUUAGAACAGCAAACAAUCAAUUCAAUAACAUCUGCUGUUUUGUCUCCUCUUUAGUAGUACAACAAUGUAUCCAGUACUCUCCUCGCUCUUUUUUGCUAGUGAAAUUAUCACUAAGGUUUUGAUA